AUCCGACGCGAGCACUAAAACGGAGGCAAUGGCGGGCAAUAACCCGCCAAUUCAUGUCCAGGCGGUCUCUCUUGCCUUCGAUAUUGCCAAUGGACGCCAUGCGCUUUCUAAACUCAUCCCUCCGGCUCUGUUCCUGCUGGAUGGGCUGCUGUGUGGCUUGAUCAUUUGGCGGGUGCCUUAUACGGAAAUCGACUGGGUCGCAUAUAUGGAGCAGAUAUCCCAAAUCGUAGCCGGCGAACGCGACUACACCAAAAUCACCGGAGGCACCGGCCCUCUGGUCUAUCCUGCCGCCCAUGUCUACACCUACACCGGCUUGUACUACCUCACGGACGGGGGCAAAGAUAUCUUUCUGGCGCAACAGCUUUUUGCCGUGCUAUACAUGAUGACUCUGGCGGUCGUCAUGGCGUGUUAUUUGCAAGCAAAGGUACCGCCGUACGUCUUCCCCCUCCUGAUCCUCUCGAAACGGCUUCACAGUAUCUUUGUCCUCCGGUGCUUCAACGAUUGUUUUGCGGUCUUGUUCCUCUGGCUGGCCAUCUUCUUCCUACAACGUCGCUCCUGGCGGCUGGGCGCGGUCAUGUACACGUGGGGGCUAGGUAUCAAGAUGUCACUCCUGCUUGUCCUGCCGGCUGUAGGCAUCAUCCUGUUCCUUGGAAACGGCCUGGCAACAAGCCUGCAGCUUGCGGCAGUUAUAGGGCUGGUACAAGUCCUUAUCGGAAUACCCUUCCUUGCCGCAAACCCCUGGGGAUACCUAGGGCGUGCAUUCGAGUUGUCCCGACAAUUCUUCUUCAAAUGGACGGUCAACUGGCGUUUCGUUGGAGAGGAUGUGUUUCUUAGCAGGGGCUUCACUCUCGCUUUGCUAGGCCUACAUAUCGCCGCUUUGGUAGGCUUCAUCACCACUCGGUGGCUCACGCCCACGCACCAACCCCUUUCUCGGCUCUUUGCCUCCAUCUUGUCUGGACGCUCGCCGUUCACUGAGAAAGAACAGCGCUAUAUCUCUCGGAACAUCACCCCUCGGUUCAUCAUGACAGCUAUCCUCUCCUCCAACGUCAUUGGCCUCCUCUUCGCUCGCUCCUUACACUACCAGUUCUACUCGUAUCUGGCAUGGUCAACACCGUUUCUCCUCUGGCGCAGCGGUAUCCACCCCGUUCUUCAGUAUGGUAUCUGGGCCACCCAAGAAUGGGCUUGGAACAUAUACCCUAGCACACCUCUCAGUUCUGGCGUCGUUGUCGGCGCGCUCGCUACGACGGUGAUGCUCGUUUGGUGGGGCGGUCGAGAGGAGUGGGAGCUGAGGAGUGAUGCCUCAAAGGGUAAGGCAGCAAAGCGGUAACCCGGAAGAAGACUCUGGAAUUGGUCCAUUCAUAUCAAGCCUCUUCCGCCUCUUCUUCGGAAUCGCUCGGAGGCAUCUUCCCGACAGUGGAAUCCUCGUCUUCCUCGUCUCCGUAUGUGUUCUUCACAAAGUUCUUUGGCC